AUGCUGAAAUAUUUGGUAGCUCUUAUUUCAAUAUUCCUGGCCGUCUGGACGGUGCCCGAGUGGCUCACAUUCCCGAUCUACGGCAAUGUUGUGAAUGUGCUAGAGUCGUGGCUGCGGCAGCAGGUCAGUAACGUGCGAGCGUCUGCACCGGUUCGCAUGCUGACCGAAGAUGAGCUGUCUUUAUACAACGGAGGAGAGAACAGUAAAGGAUUGUACCUGGCGAUCUUAGGACAGGUGUUUGACGUUGAAAAGGGGAGGAAACAUUACGGGCCUGGCGGCGGUUAUCAUUUCUUUACAGGGAAAGGCGCAUCAAGGGCGUUUAUUACAGGUGAUUUUUCUGGUUUAACUAGCGAUGUCUCGGAUUUCACUGACUCCCAGAUUGUGGCUCUGUAUGACUGGCUGUCAUUUUAUCAGAGGGACUACACUCCAGUGGUGGAGCGAAGCCAGUGGGGUCUAUUCUGCACAGAAAGCGGGCAGCCCACUGACGCUUUGCUACAUGUUGAGGCUUUCUUGACUGAGGGGUUUAAGAAAAAGGCCCAAGCUCAGAGUGAGAUGCAGCUGUACCCAGCCUGUAACUCGGAGUGGAGCGAAGCCAGUGGGGGACGGGUAUGGUGCUCUACAAUGAGUGGUGGCAUUCACAGAGACUGGAUUGGAGUACCCAGAAUGCUUUUCUCACCUGGGUCUGGCCACUCUGGGUCAGGACUGUCAGAUCCUGUUCACGCUGAGAACCGAAACCUCAGAGAGUACAAAGACUGUCCUCCUCAUGCUGAGUCCUGCCGUAUCACUAAAGACUGAGCUACAGUCUUCGUCACACUGCAAGUGUCACUGUAUUUCAUUUGGUUUUGAAGGACUCUUCAUCACUUUCUUCAGUGAGAUAAUGUUUAUAGAGGUGUUUUUUUUAUGGGUUUAACUUUGUUACAGGCACAUUCUACGUGAAUGAUGCUGCUUACUGUUUAUAUAGCUAUAUUUCUAAUUUAAUUGCUUCUCUGAUUUAGUUUUCACUUCUAAUUUCA